AUGGCUGCCGGGAUUAUAGAAAGAGAACGAAAAAAGUUGCUGGAAAUCCUCCAGCAAGACCUGGACUCGAUCCUCGAUUCAUUAACCUCUCGGAGGCUGAUUUCCGAGGACGAGUAUGAGGCCCUGGAGGGCAUUCCAGACCCCCUGAGGAAGAGUCGGAAGCUGUUGAUUUUGGUGCAGAAAAAGGGAGAAGACAGUUGUCAGCAUUUCCUCAAAUGUUUAAGUAGUACUUUUCCAGAGUCAGCGACCACUUGGGGCUUAAGGCAUGAGUUUUUAAAACAUGAAAAUAUAGAAUCUCCUCAAUCUCCAGAGGUAAGCAAGAAUUCGGAAGACCCAUUUCCCCCAGGAAAGGAACAGCCGGAGAAUUCUGAGAUCACACUGUCCUUUAAAAAGAAAGAACAGCUGGAGGUGGACACAUCUGGGAUGCUCAUAGAUACGGAAAGUAGUUAUGGUGAGAUGGCGUGGUCCUCAGGGGAAAACGAGAAGUCAUACAACCCACCAGCAACCACGAUGCCAUCUUCAGUAGAGAGUGGCGAGUCUGAAGUUUCAGGAACUAUCGAUUAUUCACAGGACCAACAGAGAUACGAUGAGCCCGAUGAGUCUUUAUACUUAGGAGAAGAGGAAUACCUAGCAUCGGCUGUAUUCUCUGAAGAUGCAGAAAGCAACGUGGAAGAAGAAGUUGAUGACGACCCAGAGUACCUUGUCUACGGUGGGGAAGAGGACCCUGUGUAUUCAGAAACCGCAGAGUUCUCUGGUGAUGAGCAGAGUUACGGUGAUUCAGAACCAGGCAUGCUGUUGGAAGAGGAGGAGGAGGAGGAGGAGGAAGAAAGUAUGGAAGAAAGAAAAAAGGUGUUUAAAGACGUCCUGUCCUGUUUGAACUUGGAUAGGAGCAAAAAGCUCCUGCCGGAUUUUGUUCAACAGUUCUCCUUAGACCGAGGAUGUAAGUGGACACCGGAGACUCCGGGAGACCUGGCCUGGAAUUUCCUGGUGAAAGUUCUAGCACUGGAUGUGACGGCCAGAGAUUCCAUCCUGAGACACGAGGUUCUGGGUGAGGAUGGCAGAGGGGUGUCGCCAUCCGGAGCGGAGAAUCUGGAAAUGAGGGACACACCAGCCAUGAACCCCCUGGAUGUGCUCUGUGCCUCCCUGCUGUGUUCAGACAGCUCUCUGCAGCGCGCAGUCAUGUCAAGCAUGUAUCGAUGCGGGUUUGCCCUUCCUCUGCUCCUGCCAGAUGCGGAGAACAACAAAAGCAUCUUAAUGCUGGGCGCCAUGAAGGGCAUCGUGAAGGGGCAGCCAGCACUGCCUUCAGGAGGGCCCGCGGGGGAAACCGAGAGGUUUCUGGCUCACGCAAAAAUGCCCGUCAUCUCUUUUGUGCGUCUAGGAGACUUUAGCUUCUCCAAGUCCAGAAUCCUCAACGCACUGCUCAGCCCUGCCCAACCCCAACUGCACAAAGUCUUCCUCCAUCACGAUUUGCCUGUUCCGGUGCUUCCCCGGCAGAUCUCAGAUGGCCUGGUGGAAAUAGCGUGGUGCUUUCCCGAGAGUGACAGUCUAAGGGAAAACCCUCCCCUUUUCCCAGAGCCCGUCGCUGUGGCCAACCUUCAUGGGGAUCUAGAAAGUGUCUGGACACAGUUCGGUUUCUUGGUGGAAGUCUCCUCGGCUGUGUUUUUCUUCACGGACUGCCUGGGUGAGAAGGAAUGGGACCUGCUCAUGUUUCUGGGAGAAGACGCCAUCGGAAGAUGCUACUUUAUCCUCAGUCCCCAGGCCAGGGAGAGUGAAGAGGCUCAGAUUUUCCAGACGAUUCUGAAGUUGAAGCCAUCACAGCUACUGUUUUGGGAGGAGGAGGAAGAAGCUGGGGAGGAAGGGAGGAACUGGCCGGGCCUCUGGGCUGCCCUGCACGAGGUGAUGUCCUCGUCACUCAGACAUGUGUCUGUGGAGGACAUGGCCUCCCUGGCCAGGGAGUUGGGGAUUCAGGUAGACCAAGACUUUGAGAACGUUCAAGGAAUCCAAGUUUCCCCUGGUGACAACCUGGCUGGGACAGUUGAAGAGGAGGGGCAACGAAGACACAGCCAGCCAGAGAGCUCGUCUGAAAGCCCCGCGGAGGUGCCUGCGAGAGAGCCUGGCGCCGAAGGCGAGGUCACCCAGGCUCUCCAGAAUGUCCACCUCACCCCAGUGUUCGUGCCUUAUGUGCACAACCUCUGUCCAUUUCCAGUCAGAAUUGGAGGCCACCUGAACCGUGCUCCUGUGAGAGCCCCUGGGGUGGCAGGCUUCCAUCUUGGGUCAGAGCAGAAGUCCAAGUGGUUCCGUCCGCCACCCUUUCAUAAUUCCAGGGCCCAUGGUCAAGGCAGAAGUUUUGGAGUUCAGUACUUCCAACCCCAGAGAUUUUGCCGACCUGAAAGUUUUAUGAGAUUUUCGAGACCUGCUCGGGGCCGUCACAUGGUUGGACUAUGGGGGAGACCACCAAGACCCAUUUGGCGGCAUGUGAAGACUUGGCUUGGCAGACUGCAGACCCCGGGAGGUCACUUCCACGCACAGCCAGCAGGACCAGCUGGGAAGCCACCGCCUAGGCAGGCCCACGCUCGGGGAACACAGCCGCCUGAGGCCACUGAGAAACAGAUGAGAACAACACCCCACACUGUGAAUCCUCACCCUCGAAACUUUCAGCCAGCAGGGGUUAUACACAGACCCUUAAGACCCGCUUUUCAGCAGGGAUUCAAGCUAAAGACACCAGCUGGGCCUUCAAAUCCAGCUGGCCAAAUGGGAUCCCAUCCUACAUCUAACAGAUUUUUACCCAACUCUUUGUUCCGUCAGCCCACGCCAUCCCAGGGCAAGCAUUCCCAGCCCAGACCCUUCCAACCUAUGGCUUCUCAACCCAAACCUACCCAAACAAAACCCACUCAGCCCCAGCCCUCCCAAGCUAGGUGCUCCCCAUCCAAACCCACUCAGCCCCAGCCCUCCCAAGCUAGGUGCUCUCAAUCCAAACCCACUCAGCCCCAGCCCUCCCAAGCUAGAUGCUCCCCAUCCAAACCCACUCAGCCCCAGCCCUCCCAAGCUAGAUGCUCUCAAUCCAGACCCACUCAGCCUAAGCCCUCCCAUGCUAGGCCUUCUCAGCCCAGACCUACUCAACCCAAGUCAUCAGGAACCAGUGCGUCACAGGCUAAGGCAUCCUACUCGAGAGCAGGGCCCAAGAGGGGAGGGAAGCAUUAA